AUGGCGCCAAAAAAGAAGGGAAACAGAAAGCAGGAUGACGACUGGGAGGCCGAGCUGGGAGAAAGUAUUGCGCCCGUCAGUGAGCAGCCUAAGGAGGAGACUCCUGCGGACGCCGCUCCCGAAGAGGACGGCAUGGGUGGCGGUCUCCUCGCUGCUCUGAGAAAGAACAAGACCAAGAAGGCCAAGAAGGGCAAGCCGGUCAACGAUUUCGUCGAGGGCGAGGAUGCGACAGAGCAGGCGAACGGGGAUGUCGAUUUCGCCAGCAAGCAGCCCGAGGAAGGAACAUUCGAUGAGGAGGACGUUUUCGCCGGAAAGAAGAACCAGAAGCCUGCUAAGGCUACACCUCCGGCACCGGCUUCAGUUGAAGGAGAUGGCGAGAUCCGCGUGAAGAGUAAGAAGGAAAAGGAGAGGGAAAAGAAGGAAAGAGAGAAGCAGCGUAAGAGGGAGCAGGCCUUAAAGAAGAAGGCUACUGCUCCUGAGCCGAAGGCCGAGCCUGCCAAGGCUGAGAAGAAAGAAGAGGCAGCUCCCGCCGCUGCUGCUCCCGCGCCUGCCGCCGCCGCUCCUGAGGCGCCUGGCAAGAAGAAGAAGCUCCCCGCCCAUCUGGCCGCUCUUCAGAAGCAACAGGAGGCUCUCCGGAAACAACGUGAAGAGGAAGAGCGACGUUUAGCUGAAGAAAAGGCUGCGGAGGAAGAGAGACUGCGCCGUGAAGCCGAGGAAGAGAAGAAGAGGGAAGAAGCUCGCCAGCGGAAGAAGGAGAAGGAGAGGGAAAAGAAGGAGCAGCUCCGAAGAGAAGGAAAGCUUCUCACCAAGGCCCAGAGGGAAGCUAAGGAGCGCAAUGAACUUCGCAUGAAGCAGAUGCUUGCAGCCGGUGUGGGUAAGGUUGCUGGUCUCGAGGAGCCAGGAAUUGAGAAGAAGAAACCCGUGUACGACAACAGGAAGCGAAAGGGUCCCAAGAAGCAGGAGGAAGACCUUGAAGCUGCUGCUGCCCGUGCUCGCGCUCAACGUGAGGCUGAGGAGGAAAGACGCAAAAAGGAGGAAGAAGAGAAGAAGGCUAAAGCUGAGGCUGAGGCUGCCGCCGCCGCCGCUGCUGCUGCUGCUGCUGGUGACGAGGAGAGCGAAGUGGAUGAUUGGGAGAAGGCUGCUGAGGCCGAAGAAGACGUGAAGGACAGCUGGGAUGCUCCUUCUGAGGAUGAGGGAGAGAAGCCAGCCACGAACGGCGCAGCCAAGCCCGCAGCUGCACCCCAACAGAAAGCUGAGGUGCAUGAGUCCGAAUCCGAGGAAGAUUCAGAGGAUGAUUCGGAAUCUGAGUCGGAAGAUGAGGAGAAGUCUGCCGCGCAGAAGGCUAUCGCUCAACGAAAGGCCGAAGCUGCCGAGCGGAGGAAGAAACAGCAUGAGGAAGCAUUGGCCGCUCGUUCAAAGGACAAUCUGCGUUCUCCUAUUUGCUGUAUUCUUGGACACGUCGAUACCGGUAAAACCAAGUUACUGGAUAAGAUCCGACAGACGAACGUGCAAGAGGGUGAAGCUGGUGGUAUUACGCAGCAGAUUGGUGCUACAUACUUCCCCGUGGACGCUUUGCGCCAGAAGACCGCUGUGGUGAACAAGGAUGGCAAGUUCGAGUUCAAGAUUCCCGGUUUGCUGGUCAUCGAUACGCCUGGUCACGAGUCUUUCUCCAACUUGCGUUCGAGAGGUUCAUCUCUCUGUAAUAUCGCCAUUCUGGUUGUCGAUAUCAUGCACGGUCUCGAGCCUCAGACUUUGGAGUCCAUGAGAUUGCUUCGUGACCGCAAGACUCCUUUCAUUGUGGCCCUGAACAAGAUUGACCGUCUCUAUGGCUGGAAGAAGAUCGACAACAACGGCUUCCAGGACAGUUUGGCCAUGCAGAGCAAGGGUGUUCAGAACGAAUUCCGCACCCGUCUUGAGCGCACAAAGCUUCUCUUCGCCGAGCAAGGUUUCAACGCCGAGCUCUACUAUGAGAACAAGUCCAUGGCCCGCAAUGUCUCCUUGGUUCCCACUUCCGCUCACACGGGUGAGGGUAUUCCCGACAUGUUGAAGUUGUUGACCACCCUGACUCAGGAGCGUAUGACCAACUCGCUCAUGUACCUGUCCGAAGUUGAGUGUACUGUUCUCGAGGUCAAGGUUAUUGAGGGUCUUGGUACCACCAUUGACGUUGUCCUUUCGAACGGUAUUCUCCGUGAGGGUGAUCGAAUCGUGCUCUGCGGUCUAAACGGCCCCAUAGCAACGAAUAUCCGAGCAUUGCUGACGCCAGCUCCCCUUAAGGAACUUCGUCUCAAGUCGCAGUAUGUUCACAACAAGGAGGUCAAGGCCGCUCUUGGUGUCAAGAUUGCUGCCAACGACCUCGAGCAUGCCAUCGCCGGUUCGCGGUUGAUGGUUGUUGGACCUGAUGAUGACGAGGAGGAUAUUGAGGAAGAAGUCAUGUCCGAUCUGGAGAACCUGCUGAGCAAGGUUUCCCGUGACCAGCGUGGUGUCAGUGUCCAGGCUUCUACCCUUGGUUCUCUCGAGGCUCUGCUCGAGUUCCUGCGUGUCUCCAAGAUUCCUGUUGCCAACAUCUCCAUCGGUCCUGUCUACAAGCGUGAUGUGAUGAUGUGUGGUACUAUGUUGGAGAAGGCAAAAGAGUACGCUGUCAUGCUUUGCUUCGACGUCAAGGUGGACAAGGAAGCGGCUGCAUACGCAGAGGAAGUUGGCGUCAAAAUCUUCACGGCCGACAUUAUCUACCACCUGUUUGAUGACUUCACCAAGCACAUGGCAGAGUUGACCGAGAAGAGAAAGGAAGAGAGCAAGCUGCUCGCUGUCUUCCCUUGCGUGCUCAGGCCCGUUGCUGUUUUCAACAAGAAGGACCCCAUCGUCAUUGGUCUGGAUGUUAUUGAAGGCAGCUUGAGAAUGCACACGCCAAUUUCCGCUGUGAAGACAAACCCCACUACAGGUGCUAAGGAGAUCAUCGAGCUCGGCAGAGUUGUGUCUAUUGAGCGUGACCACAAGCCUAUCCAGGUUUGCAAGAAGGGCCAACCUUCCGUCGCCGUCAAGAUCGAAGGAGCCAACCAGCCUAUGUACGGCCGUCAACUGGAAGAGAAGGACACCCUCUACUCGCACAUUUCCCGCGCCAGUAUCGACACCCUCAAGGAGUUCUACCGUUCCGACGUAUCGAUGGAGGAAUGGGCUCUUAUCAAGAAGCUCAAGCCCGUGUUUGACAUUCCUUGA